GAUGGUGGGACUGACUGACUGCCGCAACACGAAACGCUGGGAAAACGCUCGUUUGACUGACCAACUCGCAUCACCCAACUGAAGUCGAUCUUCAUACCCAGCAGGUGUUUUCCUGGCGAGUUUUUUUUGCCCACACAACCAACUGCCUCUGACGGACAUCCUUCCCCCCGCGACUCCCGCUUCCUGCUCCGCUCUCCACCGUUCAUACUAUUGUUCUCCUUGGAAUCAGCCGACCUGCUGUUUAUUUACUGGCCUGACACCGUUUCGUAACGCAUACUGACCGAACCGCUCGUCUCGAGCCGUGUUGUGCCGUCUCGCGCCGUGUUGCGCCGUGUUGCCAACAAGUUGGAGUCCGUCGCGUGUCGCUAUGGCGGGAGUACGCGCCUGGUCUCUCCUUGUCCUCGUUACUGUGUUCCUCGCAUCCCGCGUGGUGGAGUCGCAGGUGCGCAAGCCGGUCAAGUACACGGUGGGGCUGCCACGCUCCAAGUCCCCUUGGGCGUGGGGAAUCGCCAACAUCGUGCCACCGAAGCUCUAUGUCAAUGACGUUCUUGAGUUCAAGUGGGCCAACACGAACACAGUGGACGAUGUGGUUCAGCUGCCCUCUAAGGCGGCCUGGACGGACUGCGACCUCAUGUCCACGACCGCGCGCCUGGCCCCGCAGUCCAAGGCGAAGACCAUCACGUACAAGAUCCCUGACAAGUACCGCGGCAUGUGGGUCUACUUCACUAGCUCCGCUGGGAUUGAUUGUGUCAAGGGCCAGAAGUUCAAGGUGUUCGUUAACUAGCGGCCCCGACUCUCCAGGGCUUGCAGCAUUCCUAAACGCGUGAACCCAUUCACGAUGUGAAAGGGCAAUUUUAAAUAAAUUCUCGUAACAAAAUAAAUACGUGUGUGCAUGUGUGGGAGAGAAUAAUGCUAGGCUUUUUCUUGUGUGACUUUCCAGCCUGCUAAAUUCGCUUGAUCAGCAUAAGCAAGCAGGCUGAUUUCAAUAGGAGUGCAAUACAGGAGUGACAUAGGACAUGUGUGCAAGUGUAUUGGCCAGGCCUCUGGAUAGAAUUUGGAGUAGUUUUUCAUGUAAGGGUAUGAACCCUCGACCACUUUUUCUGUAAGGGUGUUUUU